AUGUUGCCGGAUAUUCAGGCGGGUGGUGGUAUGGAUAAUUUUCUCCAGAAUCUACCUGGUGCCUACCCUUUUUUCCCAUUGGACCAAUUUUCCAUUUACCCAAUAAUUGAUCUUCAUGUGGGCAACUUUUAUUUUACAUUUACAAAUGCAGUCUUGUAUAUGCUGCUCACUGUCAUUUUGGUCGUUUUUCUGUUUUUUGUUAUUACAAAAAAGGGAGGUGGAAAGUCAGUGCCAAAUGCAUGGCAAUCCUUGGUCGAGCUUAUUUAUGAUUUCGUGAUGAACCUGGUAAAUGAACAAAUAGGUGGUCUUUUCGGAAAUGUGAAACAAAAGUUUUUCGCUACCAUCUCGGUCACUUUUACUUUUUCGUUAUUUCGUAAUCCCCAAGGUAUGAUACCCUUUACCGUCACAGUGACAAGUCAUUUUCUCAUUACUUUGGCUCUUUCAUUUUCCAUUUUUAUAGGCAUUACAAUCAUUGGAUUUCAAAGACAUGGGCUUCAUUUUUUUAGCUUCUUAUUACCUGCGGGAGUCCCACUACCGUUAGCACCUUUCUUAGUACUCCUUGAGCUGAUCUCUUAUUGUAAUCGUGCAUUAAGCUUAGGAAUACGUUUAUUUGCUAAUAUGAUGGCCAGUCAUAGUUUAGUAAAGAUUUUAAGUGGGUUUGCUUGGACUAUGCUAUUUCUGAAUAAUAUUUUCUAUUUCAUAGGAGAUCUUGGUCCCUUAUUUAUAGUUCUAGCAUUAACCGGUCUGGAAUUAGGUGUAGCUAUAUCACAAGCUCAUGUUUCUACGAUCUCAAUUUGUAUUUAUUUGAAUGAUGCUACAAAUCUCCAUCAAAAUGAGUCAUUUCAUAAUUGA